GGCUUUUGCUGAAGCAAAAGGAUAUGAUGACGCAGGAAGUUUUUUACAAACAAUGGCACCGUUUUGUAAAAAUAUCACAUAUUUGUUUUGUGCAUGGGGAAGUUCAGGUGCCAUGUGUUAUCACAACCCAACACAAAUGCUGUAUAAUUCUUCUGCUUUCCCAAUACUUAAAAUUGCUGAUUCUUUGGGAGCAGGUGACACAUUUAAUGUUGGAGUAAUCUAUGGAUUAACUCAAGGAUUAUCACCUGAUGUUUGUUUAAAAUUUGCAUGUGAAUUAGCAGGACAUAAAUGCACACAAAUUG